CAUGAGUUACCUACAUCUCCCGUGCCCCGCAUCAAUUGUCUCGUCUACGAGCGGCACCCGGACGACAAGCAGGCGGUCCAGUGGCCUCCUCUCGCCGCCGCCGUCAACGACUCCUUCCCAAUCCCGGCCUUCUCUCUCCCUGGAACGGCCCGGGGCGGAGAAUUUUGGAGCCAUGGGUUUUCCUUCCAGUUUCACGGCAUUGGUGUUCGCCCUACUGCUUACCUUCCUACAGUUUUCUAAGGCUGCAAACAGCCACUAUCUUUUCAACAAAACCAGUGCUUUGGAGGCGGCCGACGUCAAUGGCAACAAUAGUGCGGAAAUCUUGGCUGCUCCACUGUACCCGGUGAGUCAUAGUUACCUAUUGGAGAUUGCUGUUGGGUCUCUGGGCAAAACUAGACUUGUCAGCUUCGACACAGCCGUCAACAUGGUAUGGCUGCAGUGUUCAGAUUAUUGUAGGGAUUGCAAUCCCUCCCAAGUUGGUACUAGUACUACGUAUUACAAUGCUAGCAUGUCUAUAAGCUACAAUCCUCUGUCUUGCGAUCACCCACUCUGCGGUGCCGGUGACAACCAUGACCAACAAGUAUUAGCUGAGUGCAUGGAUGGCACAUGUACUUUCAAAGUCGAUUCCUUGGACAAUAACGGCGGCUGGGUACAAGGCAUUCUAGGGUCUGAUAGGAUAUCUAUUUCAGACCAUUUCUUCUUCCUUUUUGACACCAACAUCAUCUUUGGUUGUGCCACGGUAGACCACUCAAAAUAUACCUUAGAUCAAUAUGGUAGUAGUGGUGUGGUUGGCCUGGGCCUAGGUAAAUACUCACUCCCACAGCAGAUCUCUGUUACGAGAUUCUCCUACUGCUUGCCAUCCUGGGUUAAGAACGAGCUUUUCUCACCUCCCUACGUGCUAUUUGGGAGCAACGCGGUGCUGCAGGGCGAUAUGACACCGUUCCUCCCAGGGUUUCCCAAGUACUACCUCAAGCUCGAAGGGAUCUCCUAUGGAAUUGUUCGUCUUGACAUAUUCGGCAGCAAUGCCGCUGCCGCCGACCAAUAUCAUCAGCAGGCACAAUUUUGUCGUGGACCUUACCUUCCAGAUGCUCAGUUCUAUGCCAUGUCAGUCGAGUCGGCAACAUUUCCGCUCAUGCUGCCGAGUCGCGCAUACGAGCUGCUUGAAAAGGAAUUUGAGCAAGACAAUCCUCUUCUUAUCAAGUCUCGCCUCCAACCCAUGAACACUUGCUACAAAGGCAGUGUCGACGAUAUUGCUGACAAUGCCACUAUAACGCUGCAUUUCCAUGGUGGCAUUGAUUUGCAGUUGUCCAGGAAUGCCACCUUUAUGGAGAUCACCUCCAUGAAUGGCGACCAAGAGGAGCGCUAUGUGUGCCUUAUCGUUGACAAGACGGUGGAUGGGACAGCGGUACUGGGCUUAUCACCCCAACUUGACCACAACAUAGGAUUUGAUCUGGAGAACAAGCAGAUCUCAAUUUAUCGCAAGAUAUGUUAGUUUGUCCCCUUAUUAAUUACAUUGUUAAUUUUCUUCUACUAGCUAAUUAGACUCAUUGUUACUGUACUUUUCUGCAAGCACCAUUCAUAUCUAAUAUAUGCAUGCUGAUGAAAUGUAAUAAUGACUAUGACUCUCGUAGCUUUUAUUUUUUUAUUAAUAUCACAUAGCUUGCCAAUUCAUGCUGGGCAAGACAUGCAGGUUGUUACACGCAUUGUUGCAUAUUGUACUACACAAACCCAUUUGAUACUGGAUGAAUUUGAUUUGUGUGGUGAA